GGGUUUGCCCAUCAGUCGCGCGCGCGUGGGUGAGAUCGCCGGGGAGGGUCGCCGCCGUCGUCAGCCCUCCCUACACCUCCCUACCCACCCCGGGGCUUCUGGCCGAGCAGGGUUGCAGGUGCGGGAGGGCGCCGGGGCCACGGGCUGCGAGGAGCGGCUGCGGGCGGCAGGAGGCAGCGUCGGCCCGGGCGGCGCGAGGGAGGCAGCGCGCGGUGAUGUCAGUGGCGGCCCAGCUGGCAGCGGCCGGCACUUCCUGUAUAAAGGCGGGCGGGCCGGGCUGCGACUCCCGCGAGCCGGGGUUGGGCUCUGGGCGGCUGGCGGCGGCGGCCGAGCAGCGGGAGGGCUGUCACCUCGGGGAGCCGGGCUCCCGGCGCGAUCCCAGGGCUGUCCCUUCCGUCGCCCCGGCUCCCGGCGGCGUGACAUCUGCGGAGCGAAGACCUGGAUGUGCGCGCGCGCGCGGGAGCGGAAGAAUGGCAGUGCUCAAACUCUGCGACCAGCCACCGCUGGUCCAGGCCAUCUUCAGUGGAGAUCCAGAAGAGAUUCGUAUGCUCAUCCACAAGACGGAAGAUGUGAACGCACUGGAUUCUGAGAAACGAACCCCGCUCCACGUGGCUGCCUUUCUGGGAGAUGCAGAGAUCAUUGAACUCCUGAUUUUGUCAGGAGCUCGCGUAAAUGCCAAGGACAACAUGUGGCUGACCCCUCUGCACCGAGCUGUCGCCUCCAGAAGUGAAGAGGCGGUGCAGGUAUUGAUCAAACAUUCGGCCGACGUCAACGCGAGGGACAAGAACUGGCAGACCCCCCUCCACGUGGCGGCAGCCAACAAGGCUGUCAAGUGUGCCGAGGUCAUCAUCCCACUGCUGAGCAGUGUUAAUGUCUCUGACCGAGGCGGGCGCACGGCCCUGCACCACGCAGCUCUGAACGGGCACAUGGAGAUGGUCAAUUUGCUCCUGGCCAAAGGGGCAAACAUCAAUGCAUUUGACAAGAAGGACCGGCGCGCUCUCCACUGGGCAGCGUACAUGGGUCACCUGGACGUCGUGGCGCUGCUGAUAAACCACGGAGCCGAAGUCACCUGCAAGGACAAGAAGGGCUACACCCCUCUGCACGCCGCUGCCUCGAAUGGGCAGAUCAACGUGGUUAAACACCUCCUGAACCUGGGGGUGGAGAUCGACGAAGUCAACGUCUAUGGAAACACAGCCCUGCACAUUGCCUGCUACAACGGCCAGGACGCCGUGGUUAACGAGCUCAUCGACUACGGUGCUAACGUGAACCAGCCCAACGACGGGGGCUUCACCCCUCUGCACUUCGCGGCCGCGUCCACUCACGGCGCUCUGUGCCUGGAGCUGUUGGUAAACAACGGGGCCGACGUGAACAUUCAGAGUAAGGACGGCAAAAGCCCCCUGCACAUGACGGCUGUCCAUGGAAGGUUCACACGGUCACAGACCCUCAUCCAGAAUGGAGGUGAAAUUGACUGCGUGGAUAAGGACGGCAACACCCCCCUCCACGUGGCUGCAAGAUACGGCCAUGAGCUUCUGAUUAACACCUUGAUAACAAGCGGAGCCGAUGCAACCAAGUGUGGAAUCCAUAGCAUGUUCCCCUUACACCUAGCCGCCCUAAAUGCUCACUCUGACUGCUGCAGGAAAUUAUUAUCAUCCGGACAAAAGUAUAGCAUAGUGUCCUUGAUUAGUAACGAGCACGUGCUGUCUGCAGGCUUUGAAAUAGACACCCCAGAUACGUUUGGAAGAACGUGCCUUCACGCCGCUGCCGCAGGAGGCAAUGUAGAAUGUAUAAAACUCUUGCAGAGCGGCGGAGCAGAUUUUCACAGAAGGGAUAAAUGUGGGAGGACCCCCCUGCACUACGCAGCCGCAAACUGCCACUUCCACUGUGUUAAAGCGUUAGUGACCACGGGAGCCAACGUUAACGAAGCAGAUGACUGGGGACGGACGGCUCUGCACUACGCCGCCGCGUCAGACAUGGAGAGAAAUAAGAUGAUGUUGGGGAACGCCCACGACAAUUCCGAAGAACUUGACAGAGCCCGGGAAGUGAAGGAGAAACACGCUGCACUCUGUCUAGAGUUUCUGCUUCAAAAUGAUGCAAACCCCUCCAUCCGGGACAAGGAAGGCUACAAUAGCAUCCACUAUGCCGCUGCCUAUGGCCACAGACGGUGCCUGGAACUGCUUUUGGAAAGAACCACCACUGGUUUGGAAGAAUCGGAUUGCGCGGCUCCCAAGAGUCCACUCCACUUAGCGGCCUACAAUGGGCACCACCAAGCCUUGGAGGUCCUUCUCCAGUCGCUAGUGGACCUGGACAUCAGGGACGAGAAAGGCCGGACGGCUUUGUACCUAGCUGCUUUCAAGGGCCACACGGAAUGCGUGGAAGCGCUCGUUAACCAGGGCGCGUCCAUCUUUGUGAAAGACAAUGUCGCCCAAAGAACUCCGCUUCACGCCUCAGUUGUUAAUGGGCACACGCUGUGCUUGAGACUACUGCUGGAAAUAGCAGACAACCCCGAAGCGGUUGAUGUGAGAGACGGCAAGGGACAAACGCCCCUGAUGCUCGCAGUAGCAUACGGACACAUCGAUGCUGUCUCCUUGCUGCUGGAGAAGGAAGCAAACGUCAACGCUGUGGAUAUAGUGGGGUGCACAGCUCUGCACAGAGGGAUUAUGACAGGACACGAGGAAUGUGUGCAAUUGCUGCUGGAACAGGAAGCCUGCGUCCUCUGCAGAGACGCCAGAGGCAGGACGCCCCUGCACUAUGCGGCCGCUCGGGGCCAUGCCACGUGGCUGAGUGAGCUGCUCCAGAUUGCCCUGUCGGAGGAGGACUGUUGCCUCAAAGACAACCAGGGCUACACGCCGCUGCACUGGGCUUGCUACAAUGGCAAUGAAAGCUGCAUAGAGGUACUUCUGGAGCAGAAAUGUUUCCGGAAAUUUGUUGGCAAUCCCUUCACUCCACUGCACUGUGCGAUAAUAAAUGGCCACGAGAACUGUGCGUCACUGCUGCUAAGGGCCAUCAAUUCCAACAUCGUCAGUUGCAGGGAUGACAAAGGCAGGACAACCCUCCACGCAGCAGCCUUUGGUGACCACGCAGAAUGCCUGCAGCUGCUCCUGAGACACGACGCUCAAGUGAACGCGGUCGAUCAUUCAGGGAAAACGGCAUUGAUGAUGGCUGCUGAGAACGGGCAGGCAGGCGCGGUGGAUAUUCUGGUGAACGGCGCCCAGGCUGACCUGAGUGGCAAGGACGAGGACUUGAAUACUCCCUUACACCUGGCGAUCAGCAAAGGCCAUGAAAGAUGCGCCUUGCUAAUACUUGACAAGAUACAAGACGAGAGCCUUAUCAACGCGAAAAACAGUGCCCUGCAGACACCCCUCCAUAUCGCUGCCCGCAAUGGCUUGACGGCAGUCGUGGAGGAGUUGCUGGCCAAAGGAGCCUGUGUGCUUGCGGUCGACGAAAACGCUUCUAGGUCCAACGGACCCCGCCCUUCACCUGGAACAGCCGCACAGAAAGAAGAAUGAGAUGUUGAGACUUACGCUCACAUCCUUACACACGCGCGUGUGAACGGAUGCGUGGACUUCGUCAGCCCCGCUGCCCAUGAGGACCAAAAUGCUUCCGCCUACAACGGGAGAGUUCGAACUUUAUUUUUUCUCUCUCUCUAAACGCAAGUGGGAACCGUAGUAACUUUUCUAUGGGGUUGAAAUGUAAUCAUUUUUUUUUUUUUUGCAUACCGGUCUUUCCUGUAUUUUAUAUUUCUAAUGACCUGGUUUUCUAGCUGAUGGUUUGACAUUUGUAACUGAUGCCCCGAUGAUGUGUUGUCCACGGGUUCGGGUUUUCGUUUUGUUCUCCAACCAGAGGAUAUGUCUGUAUACUUCAAUGUAAAUGUGUUUAUAUUUAUUUGAAAUGAAACAGAUGCUGAGAAAAUAGCCACUGUUUAGGCUCUCUCUCUCUGUCUCUGUCUCUCUCUGUCUCUGUCUCUCUCUCUUGUUGCUAUUUACCUUAUUUAGAAUAAUAAAAUAAGUGGGAAAAUACCCCUGCCUCUGGGCUAGCCGAUAGCUCUGGGGUUAAACCCAACAUUUCCCAUGACUACCUGCUGACCGUCAGGUUUGUUCCUUGCCUGGUCCCAUGCUGUUGUCAAUCAGAACCCUUCCACGAGAUGAAAACGGGUGUAGCUGAUCAUGCACGCGAAGGCAGCCCAAGGAAAGACCCAGACGCUGCAGAAACGACACCCAAAAUGUCUCAUGACUCUGAGACUUAGUGGGAAACAAGGCCAAGGGUGGGCACUGUGCCAAGAAAAGGAAUUAAAACCAAACACAGAGACGCAAAACCAGGCGCUGUGCUCUACUCUCUGGAGGUUCAGAAGAGACAUCCGCAGCGGUGGGCCACAGCGUGCCAGGGUUAGAGCAGGUUCUGUCUUCACCCUUGGAUUUUCUAUCUUACAGUGUUUUGCAGGGCUCGCUCACAUCUGGAUGUGACCCAGACAACAUACGCUAUUGUUCCCACCAAGCUGGGGGCCUUUACCCUCACUCUUUUCAAUAUCCUGGAUUUAAUUAAAACUCACGUUGGAUCUUCACAAAUGAGAACUUGUUCGGAAGUUUUAUAAAACUGAUAUUGAUUUCAGCAGGCAAAUCUUGCACCAGCAACAUCUUUUUUUUUUUUUUUUAACCUUCUCGGGGUGAAGGUGUGAUGAACCCCUCCAUCUGUUCUUUUGGUUUGGAGCAGGUGUGUUUUUAACACGUAGACAGACUGCUAAUGAGCAGCAAGGACCUCACCGUUAGGGAACCCCCGCAGAUUAAGGGAGCGCUCCUGCUGAAGAGGCAUGAUGGGCCGUGCUGUCUUCUUCCAGAAGGGAGUGGAAGUUUUGCCGGGCUGGCAUUUAAAGCAGGAAAUGAAAUGCCAGCCUUGGUAGUUGACGCCGCAGCAGAGAGAAAGGGGGUUGCUUCAGCAAAGCAAUGUCCCAGCAGGAACCACCGUGGCCAUGGAGCCCUGCUGGCCUUCCCUGCCUCUUUCUGAUGGAGGAAAGACAAGGAGCCCAAUGAAAUCAAGCUUACAAAGAGAGCCAUUCUUCUGAGUUGUCUGCCUGUCUGUCUGUCUGUGUCUGUCUGUCUUUCUCGCCUUCUCUGGCUCUGUCCCUCCUCCCCGCCCAUCAAGACCAAAAGUUUUGUUUUUGUUCUUUUUUUUUUUUUUAAAGAAAUAACUUUUUAAAAACCUAUAACUUCUCUGGAUUUCAGUUGUCCCGUGCAUGUUUGCGACAUCACUUUCUGGGGAUGGGGGGAGUGUUUUUAGUAGUGUCUGAGUCGCUCGGUGCUUUCUCCUAAACGCAUGGUUUUUAGAUUGUAUGUUCGCCACCCGCCACAAGGACCAUGUCUGAUUGCACUUACCUGUCCGCUGGUGUCUGCCUAUCUCUGGUAAAUUCAUGGCUAUCUCCAAAUCGCCUAAAAGUCCUGGUAAAUCGUAACUCAGGGGAUUUCUGUUCAUCACUACUAAAAGGGCACCACAGUAUGUUUUGGUACAUUGGGCAGUGGACGGCCGCUUGGCUUAUAGCCCCGUUGCAUUAGAACGAGGACACCGAAGGAUUCAUUGCACACUAGUCACACCCACGCUAGUGAGCAGCUGGGCUUGUGCAACCAUUGCACUGUUGAGGAACUCGUCCCUUUGUGGUCUUGUGUCACGAUGUCAGAGUGCCUUUUCUAUUUGUAUAUCCUGGAACUGUUCCGUGAGACGCUUUGUGUCUUUUCACCCGAAUGCUACUGGAGCAAUAUGACCCUAGGGAGUUUUUUUUCUUUUUUCUUUUCUUUCAAUGUCUCCUUUUCCUGUUUCUCCCCUUCUCUGCUUUGAAACGAAGAUGCUGAAGUUUUCUAUAGGAGUUACGUUUGACUCUGUCGUGCUGAGAUGCUUUCUCCGCACAGGGCUGUCAACCAUAGGUCAGUAUUAUAGAGGAACAGCGUUCUAAGAUAGUGACAAUCUGAGCGUGCACGUAGAAUGUGAUCCCGUGUGUUUCCUACGCAGUGAUCUGAAGAGCCGAUGCAAGCAUCUUCUGUGUAGUAGGUUUGUCUGCAGACGACGCUGUAGCAUGUGCAAUAUAUCCUUGCCAACAUGUUGUGCCGGUGUUACAUAUUGUAUAACACGUUUGUAACAGCAUAAACUAGGGUGUGAUGAUUUCAGUGGGAUUUUUGUCUGUACUUUUUUAAAAAUGUAAAUUGGACUUGAAUGACUCUGGUCAAUGUCAUGGUUGUAAAAAUGAGGAAAACGGCUUUCGGUUCAGUGAAGGACUUUGAACCAGUCUGCAUCUCCCCAAGCACAGUUUAAAACUUGGCAACUACUGAGUGCUCUCACAAUGGAAUGAAGUACUUAGCUGUAAUAUACUGUGGACCUGCAUUCAGAUCGUUAUUUUUGCAAAUAAAAACGGUACAAAUAUUGUUGCAACUUGUGCUCUCUUCCAU